AUGAUCUGUAUUGUUCCCAAUUUAAAAUUGCUCUUACCUUCUUUCUUUCUUUCUUUCUUUCUUUCUUUCUUUCUUUCUUCCUUUCUUUCUUUCUUUCUUCCUUUUUUAAUUGUUUACAGGUCGAUCAUUUCCACCUCUUUUCCUUCCCCCUCUCUUGUUUAUUUCUUUCUUCUCUCUCUCUUUCUCUCUCUCUCUCUCUCUCUCUCUCAUAACUUCGGCUCUCAUAUUAUUCUCUAUGUUAAUAAUUUCCAACGUUUUUCUUUCUUUCUUCUCCUUUGUUUAUUUCAUCCAUCUUUCUUCUCUCCUAAUCUAUCUCUAUAUCACUCCCCCUCUCCCUCUCUCUCCCACUCUCUCCCUCUCUCUCUCUCUCUCUCUCUCUCUGAUGACAUCUGUUCUCAGUUGACACUACACGCCGAUCGUUUCCAUUUUUUCUUCUCCUCUCACUUUCUCUCCUUUCUUCCAUCAAAUUGCCCUUUAUACUGCUUCCUUUUAAGCCAAUCUCUCUCUCUCUCUCUCUCUCUCUCUCUCUCUCUCUCAAUGCAAUCUUUCAUUAGUAUAUCAUUCCCUUCUCUUUCUGUACUCUUUCUUUAA